AUGGUCACAGAAGAGAAGGUUGAAGCUAGAUCCGACGGGAUAUCAUCUCAUGAAGAUGCAUUGGUGAGAGAUGAUACUAUUAUUGCAAGUUCAAUUGAGAUCAAUGAAAAAUCAGACAUUACUACCGCUCAAGAAUACGAUGAAAAUGGCAACAAGCGCAAUUUUACCAUUUCUCAGACAGAAAGGCGCCUGGUUCGCAAGUUGGAUUUCAUUUACGUUAUGCCUUUUGUUGCCAUUUUGAACUUCUUACAGUUCUUCGACAAGAGCACCCUUAACUAUGCUGUUCCUAUGGGUAUUCAACAAAGCACACACCUGACUGGUUCCCAAUUCAGUUGGCUUACUUCCAUAUUUUAUCUUGGCUACCUGAUCUUUCAAAUCCCUGGCACUUUCCUCAUUCAAAAGCUCCCUCUCAACAAAUAUGUUGGUACUCUCAUCAUCCUGUGGGGUCUUGUUCUUCUUCUUACUUUUCUGGCCCGAAACUUUUCUCAAUUAGCUGCUCUUCGCUUUCUCCUGGGCUUCUUUGAAGCAGGCAUUUAUCCAGCUUGUGUAAUGCUGAUUAGUACACUCUAUCGUCGUAAUGAACAAUCCGGACGUAUCGGUAUUGUCUAUAUCUGUAACGGUCUUGCCAUGAUUAUCGGUGGCUUUAUCAGCUAUGGUGUUGCCUACAUGCAUGAUAAUGGUCUGGAGCCUUGGCAAUGGAUUAUGAUUAUCCUUGGUGCUAUCACAAUGGCCUUUGGUGUCGUUUGCUUCUUUUUUAUGGUUGACAGUCCUAAAAGCAAAGUACUCAGACUAUCUGCUGAAGAAGAAAGGAUCGUUGAAGAACGUACAGAGGACAACGCUGUUGUUCGUACUAGAAAUUUCAAGAUAUCCCAUAUAUAUGAAUCGCUGAAAGAGCCUCGCUACUACUGUCUGCUUAUUUGUUCUUUACUUAUCACUCUUCAAAACAGUGCUCUUGGCAGCUUCAAUACGACCAUUACUGCUGGUUUUGGCUUUUCGAAACUUCAAUCUAUCUUGUUAACUAUUCCUUCAGGGGCAUCUACAUGUAUAUUUAUUCUUAUAGGCGUUUAUUUCAACCGUCGCUACGGUCAUACCCUUUACCUUGCAUCUCUCUUCUUGAUCGUUGCAAUUAUCGGUCUCAUCUUGCUUCUCGUUAUUCCUGCUUUCAAAGUGAAACUUCUCGGCCUUAUCCUUGUCUGGUCUUAUUGUGCUUCCUUUGUUAUGCUUUUGACUGUUGUCGCCAAUAAUGUUGCUGGUUAUACUAAAAAGGUAUUUUACAGCAGCUCCAUCAUGAUCUUUUACACUUUGGGUAACUUCAUUGGUCCCUUCAUGAUGGUUGACUCUCAAAAGCCGCUUUAUAUUGGUGGCAUGAUCGGAUUCAUUGCCGCUGAUUUUAUUUGUAUCCUCCUUUAUAUGUACCUUCGUUGGACCAUGAUCAGGGAAAACCGUCGUCGCCUUGCUCUUCCCGCCAAGAUGGAAGUAGUAGACGAUAUGACAGAUAUCGAAAACAAGAAUUAUAUUUACCGUCCUUAA